AUGGGGUGGAGGAUGGAUGGGGGGAGGAGAGGGCAAACGGUGGAUGGCGGGAGCGGAAGGCGAGGGAAAGAUCAGCGGAAAGUUGGGGGCAGCGAUUGGCGGAAUGGGCUGGGGGGGAAGGCGAGGGCGGAGGGUCAGGGGAGAGAUCAGCGGAGAGAUGGGGGGAGCGGAGGGGUGGGGGAGGCACGAGGGGCGCGCGGGGAGGACGAGGGGGGCGGACAGAGAGGGGUGGGCGCGGGGGCAGGGGACAGGGUUCAGGGUUUAGCCGUUACGGGACGGAUUGGUUUGAUGAGGGGCGUGGAGGGUUUCGGGGGAGACGGCGGGGAGAGGGGGAUGGGGAAAGGGCGGAGUGGCAAGGGGAAGGAAGGGGGAUCGGCGGAAGAGGGGAGAGCGGAUGGGGGGAGGGCGGAGAGGGUUUCGGCACUGGCGGGUGGGAGAGGGGGAAGGGACGCGCGGCAAGGGGGGUGGGGGGGUGAUGCGGAUGAGUGGGCGGAGGACGGGGGGGAUUGGCGGGUGGCGGAGCGGGAGGCUGAUGAUUGGGGGGACGACAGGGGCGCGCGGGGGGACGGGGGAAGGGCAAGGGGAGGCGGGGCAAGCUCGAGGGGGGGCAGGAGUGGCGGAUGGGAAAGAGGAGGGCGCAAUGGCGGAGAACAGAUGGGGGUUUACGAGCAGUGGAGCAGGGGGAUGAGCAAGCGGAGGGCGAAGGUUGUGGGGGUGCGGGAGGAGGGAGAGGGGGGCAUGGGGCAAGGUGGGGAGGAGGGGAAGGCGGGGAGAGAGGGUAAGGAAGGGAAGGAGGGGAGGGAAGGGAAUGAGGAGAGGGAGGGCAUGGGGGAAGAAGGAGGGAAUUCAGAUGAGGAGGGGGGGAGGCGCUGGUGGCAGCGCGGGGAUAAGUAUGUUCGGGGGGAGAGGAAUUUGAGGGAGGAGGGGGAUGUGAGGGGGGAGAGGAAUUUGAGGGAGGAGGGGGAUGUGGGGGGGGAGGGGAAUGUGAGGGGGGAGAGGAAUUUGAGGGAGGAGGGGGAUGUGGGGGGGGAGAGGGAUGUGCGUGGUGAGAGGGGUGAGGGUAGGGGGCGCAACGUGGAGGAGAGGAUGUAUAAGGGGAGGGAUUAUAAGGAGGGGGGUUAUGAGAGGAGGGAUUACAGUGAGCCUGAGAGAGUGCAAGAGGAGAGGGGUUAUGAUAGGAGGAGCGGGUACAGCGGCAGAGGAAGGUAUGAGGGGGAGGGGCGCAUGGAAAGAGACAGGGGCGUGGGUAACAGGGAAGGGGUGGGCGGUAGCAGAGGGGGGACGGGUAGCAGGAGAGUAGACAGGGAAGGGGGCUAUGAUGAGAGGAACGGGUACAGCGGCAGAGGGAGGUACGAGGGGGAGGGGCAGAUUGAACGAGACAGGGGCAUGGGCGGUAGCAGAGGAGGCAUGGGUAGUAGCAGCAGAGUAGACAGGGAAGGUGGCUAUGAUGAGAGGAACGGGUACAGCGGCAGAGGGAGGUACGAGGGGGAGGGGCGCAUGGAGAGGGAUGCAGGUGCGGGCGGCAGGGGAGGCAUGGGCGGGGGAAGGGGAGAUGGGAACGAGAGGGAUGAAUAUGAUGGUAGGGGCGUUUGCACGAGGAGAGGAGGUGAGCCGAGGGGCAUGGGCACUGGAAGCAGGGGGGGUAUGAGCGGGGAAAGAGGAUUGAACGGAGGCAGAUUGGGCAGGGAAAGGGGAGCAGAGGGAGGGAGAGGGGCAAGGUGGGAGAAGGAAGGAGGCACGAGUGGUAGAGGCACUCGGCGAGAAUAUGCUGAAUGGGAGGAGCAGGAAGGAGAGGAAGGAGAGGAAGGUGAUGAGGAGGGGAUGCGAGGAGGCGGAGGGAGAGGCAGCAGUGGUGGGAGAGGCACGUUGCGGCAGUCGUCAACAUCAGAAUCAGUGGUAUCAAGUUUACCUGCUGCUGUUCUUGAAGAGCCCACUUUGAACUGCGAGCAUUUCACAAACUGCUCUGGCUGCUCCCUGAAUGCUGCUCUAGACCGCCCUCCCAUCAUCAAGGAAGCAGAGGCGUUCUUUGAAGCUCGUGGGGUGGCGGGCUUUAAGAUGCACACAGCUAAUGUGGUGAGCGGUGGGAGAGGGGAAGGGGCGGUGUGUAUUCAUGUAUACACUGCCUUGCCUACCCACGUGCAUCCUUUCUUUUCCAUUCUUGCGGGGGGAGGAGAAAUGGCGGGCUUUAAGCUGUCCUCAGCUGAUGUGAGAUGGAGGCGGUGUGAUUGUCUCCCUACCGCUAUCUCACGUCUAAGUGGAGUGGCGGUGCCAGCCAAGCUAGUAGUGAGGGGCACAGCAGGGGAUCCGCUGGUGGGGCUGUCCUGUUACUUUAUCGCCCUCUCCUCCUCCCACCCUGUCCUCCCAUCCUGUCGUCCCAUCCUGUCGUCCCAUCGUGUCCCCCAUCCACCCUGUCCCCAUCCACCCUGUCCCCCAUCCACCCUGUCCCCCAUCCACCCUGUCCCCCAUCCACCCUGUCCCCCAUCCACCCUGUCCCCCAUCCACCCUGUCCCCCAUCCACCCUGUCCCCCAUCCACCCUGUCCCCCAUCCACCCUGGUCCCUUUUCUGUCUCUGUCUCUCUGCAGGUGGAGUGGCGGUGCCAUACCGAGCUGCCAGUGAGGGGCACAGCAGGGGAUCGGCUGGUGGGGCUGCCUUGUCAAUAUAUUGCUGUCUCCUCCCCCCACCAUUUACAGGUGGAGUGGCGCUGCUGUGCCAAGCUAGCAGUGAGGGGCACAGCACACCCCAUGUCUUUCCCGCAACACCCACCCGUUGCCCAACCCUUGUUGCCCGAGCAGGUGGAGUGGCGCUGCAGAGCCAAGCUAGCAGUGAGGGGAACAGCAGAGGAGCCGCUGGUGGGGCUGUAUGCAGCACGGUCGCACGAUGUGGUGGAUAUUCCCACGUGUAGAGCCCCUAUCCGCUCCGCCGUGGCAGCAAUCCUUCCUCCCGCCGCCACGCCUCCAUCUGCCCGCCGACGCGUCCGACCUCCGCGCCGACGCGGACGACCAGCGCGGCGACGCGGACGACCUGCGACCGCCGCGGACGGCCAGCGCGCGACCCCCGACGACCAGCGCGCUGCCGCGGACGGCCAGCGCGGCCUCGCCGACGGCCCGCGCGCUGACGCGGACGGCCAGCGCGGCCCCGCCGACGACCCGCGCGCUGACGCGGACGGCCAGCGCGGCUCCGCCGACGACCCGCGCGCUGACGCGGACGGCCAGCGCGGCCCUGCCGACGACCCGCGCGCUGACGCGGACGGCCAGCGCGGCCCCGCCGACGACCCGCGCGCUGACGCGGACUGCCAGCGCGGCCCCGCCAACGAGCCGCGUGCUGACGCGGACAGCCAGCGCGCGGCCACGAAAGAACCGCGCGCCACCGCGGACGGCCAGCGCGCGGCCGUCGACGCCCCUGCGCCGACGUGGACGGCUGGCGCGCAGCCGCGGCUGAUCUGCCCGCCUGGUUAUACACUCCGCUCCGUCGUGUUCCAGGAGGAAGGCGGACUCCAGCCCAUCGCCCCUUCUGCCCCCACCGGACCUCCUCCUGAUGAGCCCGGACCUGAGCCCGAGUCCCCUGGUGAUCCUCCCUCCUUCGCACCGGAUGUCAACAAUCCUCAAAGCGUGGAAACUGCCAUCCGUGCCUACCGCAACACACUCAACGACCACCUUCGCCGUCAACUGCGCUAUGAGGACGACAAGCGCGCCUACGACGAGGCUGCUGCCCGUCACCGCGACUACCACGCCCAACUCACCACGUACACUACACGCCUCGCUAGCUACACCUCCGACAUCGCUGCGUGGCGCAUUGCUGACCGUCGAGCUCUCGCCAUCCUCCUCGCCACUAUCCCCUCCUCCCACCUGUGGCAACUGCUUGUCGACCUCUUUGACCGGCAGGACAUCGCCACCCUCUAUGCCCUCAUCAAGGACUUUGGAUCCAUCACCAUGGAUUCCACUGCCGGCGCAGCCGCCUUUACUCGCCGCGUCCUUGACCUUGCUCGCCGCCUUGCAGCACUUGGUGUUACCUACCCUGACACCGUCAUCUGCUGCCACCUCCUCGAAGGCCUCACUCCUGCCUUCGAUGCCCACAAGCUGGCCUAUAUGCAACUCCUCUCCAAACAUGACACUCCCGCUCAAGUUGCCCAGUGGAUUAUCACCACCGAGGCAGAAAUCCUUCGCCACUCCUCCUCCACUGCCGCGGUAGCACAGCAGCGCAGCAGCAAAGGCGGACGUGGAGGGGGGCGUGGAGGUGGGCAUGGAGGUGGUCGAGGCGGCUCUGGCGGUCGUGGUGGUGCGGGUCGUGGUGCAGCAGCGGCCUUCCCACCCUGUCAGUGGUAG